GGGAGCAUCAUUUUCAGAGGCUAUUUCUGAACUUUUUGUGGAAACAUUAGAAACUUGCGAGGAAAUAGAGAUUACGAAUGCCAACCCACAAAAACAAAUGAAAUGAAAGCGAAGAUAGACCAGAGGCGAGGGUUCCAGUUCUUGUUCAUGAGCAUUCCGUCCGGCAAGGUUGAGGAAUUAUUAUUAAUUCAAUGAGGAGAUUUAGUUGGCGGCGGAUUCUCAACACGUUGACGCUGGUGGCGGCGAUUUUGGUUUCCGCGGAAGCGAUGCGGUUCGAUCUGCAAUCCGGAAACUCCAAGUGCAUCGCGGAUGACAUUACCGAAAACGCCAUGACCGUCGGCAAGUACUCCGUCAUCAACCCCAUUGACGGCUACCCCCUGCCGGACUCCCACAAGGCCACCGUCCGGGUAACUUCUCCCUAUGGACAUCACUAUCACUAUGUAGAACAUGUAGAGUCGGGUAAUUUUGCAUUUACUGCAGCAGAGUCGGGCAACUAUAUCGUUUGUUUCUGGGCACCGGAUCACAAGCCACCCUUCACACUGUCAAUUGAGUUUGAUUGGAAGACUGGGUUUGCUGCCAAGGAUUGGUCCAAAGUUGCCAAGAAAGACCAGAUUGAAGAGAUGGAACUUGAGCUUAUGAAAUUGUUGGACACAGUCUCAUCCAUUCAUGAUGAGAUGUUCUAUCUUCGUGAAAGGGAAGAAGAAAUGCAAGAACUGAACAUAGCAACCAAUGGGAAAAUGGCCACUUUUAGUUUUCUGUCCCUCUUCGUUUGCCUGUCUGUGGCUGGUCUGCAGCUUUUGCAUUUGAAGUCAUUCUUUGAGAGGAAAAAACUCAUCUAAAUUCUUUCUCACUUUCUUUCUUUCUUUUCUCUGGGUAGUCCGCCUGCAGAUUCCCAGUAUUUAUACACAGGAACCAGCUAUAAUUUAGGUAGUAGGGUAUGUAGAUGACAAAACCAACUUCAUAACAUCCCCUUUUUUAUUAUCGACCUGAUAUCUGAGGAUAUUUGACAAAUUUUAAUUUUUGUGAUUAAAAACGAUGGAACUACAAUAGUAUAUGAUAGCUGUAGCAAUUCUUUUAGUAA